AUGGUGGAGUCUGCGUCGUGCCCGCUGAUUGAUGAUUCGUUUGGGCCCUUUGCUGAGCAUUGUCGAGGUGGCUUUGACUUUACUUUACUCUUUGAGGAGACUGUCUUGUCCAUACUCCCGCUGGGCCUCAUACUUCUUGUCGCACCGUUUCGCAUUCUUUACCUCAUAAAGAGAGAUAUUAAGGUCAAUUUCAGUAGAUUGUCUGUGCUGAAGCUGGUGGUAUACGCAAUCUAUGGAGGCAUUCAAGUUGCUUUGGUGGCGCUUUGGGCUGGACCAACAACAACAAGGACCAAUACCUCCAUAGCUAAUGCAGUCAUCUCUCUCAUAGGCGCAUGCGCCCUAGGAUUUCUCUCCUUCGUAGAGCACCAUCGAACUAUUCGACCAUCCUUGAUACUGGAGCUAUGGUUAUUUGUGACGUUAUUGUUUGAUAUCGCAAGGGUCAGAACACUAUGGCUCCAAGAGUACCAGACCACGAUCGCCGCUGUCACCUCGGUCUCAGUAGGAGUAAAAGCCUUCCUUGCACUCCUGGAAGCUAUCGAGAAACGACGUCUGCUUCGCCAAGAAUGGACAGACACUUCGACAGAGGCGACCAGCGGAUUUUACAAGAAGGCUUUCUUCUGGUGGCUCAAUCCCUUAUUCCGUAAAGGUUAUACUAAGUCUCUAGAGCUGGAGGAAUUGUUUGUUUUGGAUAAACAUCUCAGGUCGGAUUUCCUCUACACCACGGUCAAGACAACCUGGGAGACCAUCGCGCCAAAAGGCCCACGAACGUUAUUGCUUCUGUUCUUCAAGAAAUUCAAGUGGUACUUCAUCUGCGCUGUGCCGCCACGCAUUGCCUACAUCGGCUUCCAGUUCUGCCAACCCUUUUUGAUCAACCGGGCAAUUGAUUUUGCGGACGAGCCCAUCAACCAGGCGACAAAUAACAUUGGAUAUGGCUUGAUUGGCGCGUACAUCAUCGUAUAUUGUGGCAUAGCAAUCUCAAUGGCGCAAUAUCAGCAUUGGGCCUACCGUUCCAUAACCAUGGCAAGAGGCGGGUUGAUAUCGAUGCUGUUCGCUAAGACUUCGUUGCUGAAGACAACCGAUGUCGAUCCUUCGUCCUCGGUGACGUUGAUGAGUGCCGACAUAGAACGCAUCACCAAUGGUUGGCAGACAAUGCAUGAAAUUUGGGCGAAUACUGUGGAAGUUGCUCUUGCAAUUUAUCUGCUAGAGCGUCAGCUUGGUUCAGCGUGUGCUAUUCCACUUGCAAUAGCUAACGCCUCCCCAGUAUCCUUGUUAGGCUCGACCUUGAUCCUGAACUUGAUCAUCGCACGACAAGCGGAAUGGUUGGAAGCCAUCGAAAGACGCAUUAGCGCCACGACUACAAUGCUCGGGUCAAUGAAACGGGUAAAGAUGUGUGCGUUAACAGAUGUCUUCUCGGGCAUCCUCCACACAUUAAGGAGAGAAGAGCUUGAGAUUUCCAAACGGUUCCGAAGGCUGCUUAUUGCCAAUAUGUUCUUCUCAUUCGCCACCCAGCUCAUUGCGCCCGUCCUGACAUUCGCCGUAUUCUCGAUUUUGGCCAUGCAGUCAGGAGAGACGACACUCACAGUCAGCAAAGCGUAUACGUCAUUAUCGCUGUUUGCUCUUCUAUCUGAGCCGUUAGCAUCGCUUCUCAUGGCCAUGGCGCAAUUUGCGGGCUCCAUCGGUUGCUUCGCAAGAAUCCAAGCAUUCUUAGAGAAGAAUGAGCAUGUCGACGAACGUCUAAAGCCUUUCCCAGAAUAUUCGGAGAAAGAUCAAAGCUCUCAAUCCAAUGGUGGAAGCUCCGGGACAAGCGCAACGCAGAUCGACUAUCAGCCGUGGGGAGAGAAGAAGUUUUCCACCGCGUUGACGGAGAAAGUCGCUCUUCCUUUUUCGAGUCCUGAAGGCGACGCGUUGGAGAUUUAUAAUGGCAACUUUGGCUUCGAAGCGGAGAAGGAGCCUUUGAUUAAAGAUAUCAAUCUAAGAAUUCCGCGAGGAAAGCUUACCAUGGUCGUUGGGCCUGUUGGCUGCGGGAAGACUUUGCUGCUGAAGGCGAUUCUUGGAGAGCUCCCCGCCAUCACCGGGUCGGUCAAGAUCUACUCAGAAGACGUGUCUUAUUGCGACCAGACGUCAUUCCACAUGAACGGCACCAUUCGCGAUAGUAUCGUCGCAUUCGAAGACUAUGAUGAUCGAUGGUACAACACCGUCCUCAACGCGUGCGCGUUAGAUGAGGAUCUGCAGCAGUUGCCGCUCGGGGAUAGGACUCGGAUAGGGAGCAAGGGAGUGGCCCUUAGUGGCGGACAGAGCCAGAGACUGGCUCUCGCCCGGGCAGCAUAUGCCCGGCGGGAUCUAGGCAUGCUCGAUGAUAUCCUUAGUGGCCUCGAUCUUGAGACGGAGAACCGCGUGUUCCACAACCUGCUUGGUCUUGACGGCUUAUUCCGCCGUCAGCGUGCCACCGUCAUCCUCGUUUCGUCUUCUGUCCGACGACUACCCUUCGCAGAUCACAUUGUUGUCCUGGACGAGAAGGGCAGGAUCUGUGAGCAAGGUAGCUUCCAAGAGCUCAACGCAAGUGGCGAUUAUGUUUCGAACUUUGAUCUGCCGGCACCAGACUGGAGCUAUGAGGCAGAAGAAACCAGAUUUGAUAGGCUCAUGUCUCCAGCAACUCACAAGAUCACCCACGCUUCCACACAGCCUUUGGAGACGAAAGCGCUCAGCGAAACGGAGCUUGACGCCAACAGGCGGACAGGGGACCUUAGCGUGUAUAAGUAUUAUGUCACCACGGUCGGCGUAACUCCAGCAGUGAUAUUCAUGGUCGCCAUCUGCGGCUAUGUUUUCAGCAUGUCGUUUCCCCAAAUCUGGCUUAAAUGGUGGUCCGAUGCAAACGAGAAGCAUCCAAACGAGCGGUUGGGAUACUGGCUUGGUAUUUACGCUUUGCUCUCAGUCGGAGGUCUGGUUGCUCUCAUCGUCGGCUGCUGGGCAUUGAUUGUCACCAUGGUUCCACAGGCGGGAAGAAGCUUUCAUCGAAAGCUGCUCAAUACCGUCCUUGCUGCUCCUUUGUCAUUUUUUUCGACAACAGAUACUGGCGUCACACUCAAUCGUUUCUCGCAGGAUCUCCAACUUAUCGAUAUGGAUCUUCCGGUGUCAGCCUUGAACUUUAUCACGACUACCAUUCUUUGCGUUGCGCAAGUCAUCCUGAUCGCAUACUCUUCAGCAUUUGCGGCCAUCUCAUUUCCACUCUGGUUCGUUGCGUUGUAUUUCAUCCAAAAGUAUUACCUUCGAACGUCGCGUCAAAUUCGAUUUCUGGAUCUGGAAGCCAAAGCGCCUCUCUAUUCGCAGUUUACAGAAGUGCUAGCAGGCCUCACAACCGUCAGAGCUUUUGGAUGGCAGGAUGAUCUGAAACAGAAAACUCGUCAAUUACUUGAUCUCUCACAGAGACCCUUCUAUCUUCUUUGGGCUGUUCAGCGAUGGCUUCAAUUGGUAUUGGAUCUUGUUGUGGCUGCAAUAGCGGUGAUGUUGAUGGUUCUAGUAGUCGAAUUGAGAGGGACCAUUAGCGGCGCAUCUGUCGGCAUUGCUUUGCUCAAUGUCAUCCUUUUCAGUCAGCAUAUCAAGCUCGUCAUACAAUACUGGACGAUGCUGGAGACACAUAUCGGGGCAGUCAGUCGCAUCAAGAACUUUGCGUCUCGAACCCUUUCUGAGGACUUGCCAGCCGAAAACCGUAUACUUCCAAAUAAUUGGCCACCACAAGGUAGUCUAGACUUCAACAAUGUCUCUGCCAGCUAUGAUUCAUCUCGCAUGGUGCUGAAAGACUUGACGCUGUCGAUUCAAGCCGGCGAGAAGAUAGGUAUCUGUGGACGAACAGGCAGUGGCAAGAGCUCAUUCAUCCUCGCUAUUUUCCGUAUGAUAGAACUACAUGGCGGAUCCAUCAGCAUCGAUGGUAUCGAUAUUGCCACUGUGCCUCGGAAUGAAGUUCGCUCUCGGAUCAUCGGAUUGCCCCAGGAUACGAUGGUGCUCUCGGGGACUGUAAGACUAAAUCUUGAUCCGUACAAUAGGUCGUCAGACGGAGCAAUCAUUGAUGCCCUGGAUGAUGUCCGAUUGUGGAGCGUCAUUGAAGAGCGGGGUGGUUUGGAUGCCGACAUGGAUGUUGUCAGUUUGUCGCAUGGCCAGAGGCAGCUCUUGUGUUUAGCACAAGCACUGCUUCGAUCGAGUUCAAUUCUGAUACUAGAUGAGGCAACAAGCAGUGUUGAUGAUGUCACUGAUGGACUAAUCCAAAAGAUUAUACGGCAAAAGUUUUCUAAGCAUACUAUAAUCGCAGUAGCUCAUAAGCUCGACACGAUUACGGAUUUUGACAAGGUAGCUGUGUUAGAGAAUGGCAAUCUCAAAGAAUUUGAUAGCCCUCAUACACUGUUGUCACAAUCGUCGUCGGCGUUCCGCCAGUUGUACAACACUACCGUCAAAGAAAAAGCAGUGAAUGCAGAUGAUCAAAUUGAGCAGUAA